GUGAUGAUGUUGUUUGCUUUUUAAAAAAAAUCUCAUGUUUUCAUAAUAAAUUAUUUCUCAUUUAAGUAGUUCAAUAAACAAUAGUUUCACAAAAUGACUGAGGAAGAAAUAACAUUAAAAGUAUUAUCUCUCAAUUGUUGGGGUAUUCCCUAUGUCUCGAAAAAUCGAAUCGCUAGAAUGGAUGCAAUUGCGGAUAAACUUGUCGCUGAUGAAUUUGAUAUUGUGUGCCUGCAAGAAAUUUGGUCUAUUCUUGACUUUAAAAUGUUUAAAGCAAGAACUCAAGAGCAACUUCCAUAUUCACAUUAUUUUUAUAGUGGCGUUGUGGGAUCAGGAGUUUGCGUCUUCUCUCGCUAUCCAAUUCUAGAUGUUAUGUUUCACAGAUGGUCCGUAAAUGGUUACGUACAUAAAAUUCAUCACGGCGACUGGUUCGGUGGAAAAGGAGUUGGCCUUUGUAAAGUUAGAGUACAGAAUAUGGAUGUUAAUGUCUACAUUGCUCAUUUGCAUGCUGAAUAUGAUAGAGAAAAUGAUGAGUACACGGCGCACAGAGUUUUGCAAGCGUUUGACACUGCUCAGUUUAUCAGAAUGACAAAAGGCGGUGCGGAUGCGGUGAUACUUGGUGGUGAUCUCAAUACGGAACCAGAAGAUUUGGCUUAUCGCUUAAUUUGCGGUGUCGCCGGCUUGCAUGAUUCCUGCUCAAAUAAUUCUACCUUUAUAGGGACCAAUGAAUGUGCCAAGAAUAGUUACACAAGUUCAAGUUUGGUCAACAAAUUGCCAAAUGGCAAACGUAUCGAUUAUAUUUUGUAUCUAGGUUCAAAUAAAUUUGCGGUACAAGUUAUAGAUUUUUAUCUACCUUUCCCAGAACGUGUUCCACAGAAGAACUUUAGCUACUCCGAUCACGAGGCAAUUAUGGCUCAUUUAAAAAUAACUAAAGGAAAGAAUUCAACAUCCAACUUCGACGUGAGAGAUUCACUGAAGGAAGCGAUCAACAUUUGUGGUUUGGCCCUGAAGAGCGUACGACGACAGAGGAUAUGGUACUUAAUAUUCAGUUUGCUAUUAGCUAUUCCUUUGAUGUAUUCAAUGGGACUUGAAUAUUCAUCAACGUCAAUUGGACUGAGCAUUGGUAUCAAUAUAGGCCGACUUCUCGGUACCGCGGUUCUAUGCUACUCCUUAUUUAUGAGUUCCAUAUGGAAUAGUGUCGAGAAAAAUGCAUUGAAAGCCGGUCAUUCGGCAAUGGAAAUUCAUCUCAAUCAACUAAUUAAUAAUUACGAAAGAAAAUAAAUUAUCCAUCAUUUUUUAUUCCA